AUGUCUCAACAUGCCACUCAACCUGCAACACAGCCUGCCAGGUUCCGGUACAACCUCUCUAAUGUUUCCGAUGAAGAUGCAACAGAUGUUAUCUGUAUGCUCACCCCCACAUCGCCAUCGGCGUUUGAGGCUGUCAAGGCCAACCUGCUACACGCUCCCCAACACAUUCUGCAGAACCUUGACUUGGAAGAUGUCGAAGAAGAAAUACUCUUCGGUUCUAAUCAGUCUCGAGAUCUAGCUCUGAGGCUGUCCUCGAAGGUCAAGUGUCCUAAGGACGGAUUCCGAUUCGGUCGAAACCCCAACCAAAGUGACGUCCUUUUGACCGGCCACGAGAAUGACACGCUACUGAGCAAAAUUCAUUUCAAGAUAUAUGUCAACAAUCAAGGCAGUCUAAUGUUGCACGACUUGUCUACGAAUGGUACGAUUGUGGACGAUGUCCACCUGAAGGCGAGAGAUCGACGAGGCAAGCCUGUCCUCAAACCCGCCACCACAGUCCUUAAAAACGGCUCCCUUAUCCGUGUCGUCUGUGGUCCAGACAAGCAAGAAGUCAAGAUGAUGGUACGGAUCCCGAGCCGUGGAGAUUUCGAAGAUGCUUACGAAGAAAAUCUCCGAAAAUAUCUUGCAGCAAGGGGUGAUGUGGCUCAAUUUGCUUCCAUGAGGGAAAGUACAUACGGCAAUCAUUGGAAUGGCGGUUCCUUGUACAAUUUCACCGGGUUGCUGGGCAGGGGCGCCUUUGCGACCGUGUACAGAAUCCAGACCAAGAAAGAAGGCGACUUGUACGCAGCCAAAGAGCUUGACAAACGUCGUUUCAUAAAAAAUGGUGUUCUCGACCUGAAGUUUGACAGCGAGCUCAACAUCAUGAAGAACCUCAAACACCCCAACAUUGUAAAUUACAUCGACUGUCAUAAUUACCAGCAUUGGAUCUACAUCCUGAUGGAAUUCGUGCCGUAUGGCGAACUGGCACAGCAACUGCGGAACCGUGGAGCAAUCCCCGAAGCGGACGUCCAACAAAUCGCCAAGCAGAUAUUGCACGCUCUAGACUACCUUCACCGAAGAAACAUCACACAUCGCGACAUCAAGCCCGACAACAUCUUGAUAGCAAGCUUGAACCCAUUGAUCGUCAAGCUGUCAGAUUUUGGUCUGUCAAAAUGUGUCACAGAUCAGGAGACAUUUCUCAAGACGUUCUGUGGGACGCUUCUCUAUUGCGCCCCGGAAGUCUAUCCUGACUACGGAAACUAUACUCAAGGAUCUGGUCCAAAACGGCGGCGUGGCCUUGGCGAAGCUGCCUCCAAGCCUCCACCAUCGCCCUAUGAUCAGUCAGUGGACAUGUGGUCGUUCGGCGCCGUCAUUUUCCACCUUCUAUGUGGGAAGCCGCCUGUGACCGGGAGGGGCGAUGAUCGCGGCGCGCAAAUGUUGAACAACAUCAUGACCAAAGAGGUCGACUUCGAGCCGCUCAGACAAGAAGGCAUCUCGGAGGCGGCUGUUGAUUUCAUUGCAAGGCUGCUAAACCGCAAUCCUGCUUCUCGACCGAAAGAAGCCGAGUGUCUGCAACAUCCAUGGUUGCGAGACGUACCUGACAAUUGCAAUUACGACGAUGUCGAGGAGCCACUUGCUGAUGCGGAGAAUCAGCUGGAAGAUAUCGAUGAGCUGAGUGAAGACUUCGUUGACGAUGACAUGAUCGAUAACUUGAAUCAACUCAAUCAACCCGCGUCUUCUUCUCCAACUCGACCGGCGAAGCGAGCUCGUACAUUCAUGGGCAUGCCGCCAACAGCGAGCUCUAUCAACUAUCCAUAUCUGCCAGGAGCAGACCAAAGCCUUCCGCCACUUCCUAACGAAACGGCACCGCCUGCACAGACACUGUUUGGUGAAAUAUCCGCAUCGGUGUUGCGGAGUUCAGGCGUCUUUGGCGGUGAGCUUAACCCUCUCCCUUCACCGACCCUUGUCAAUAACCUCCGGGCCGGCGUCGAACAAAUCAGCGUGAAUGAUUUUGUGGACCGUCCAUCAUCGAGGCGUGCAGAAAGCGAAGACAACGCUGGUCAGCCACUUCAAUAUCCUCAGGUGCUGGAAGUGCCUCCGGCUCAGACGACCUCAGCUGCAAGUCUUAUGGGGGCGGAACAGCAGAUUGGUCAACUCAAUAUGUCUUCGGAGGGAGAUAUUUCAGAUGCUGCGACUCCAGAAACGACGAACCCUGUAACACCUGAAACUCGACAAAUGUCUCCUUCCGAGUCUCUCACGCCCCAUGUCGGCGCUGAGAUCGCAGGACCUGAGCAGCCAGUGGGAGAGCCCAUCUGCACACGUCAGAUUGAUCUCAACCUUGUGCAAGACCCAGUCAACUUUCAAGCCGAAGUCGAAGCACGAAACGCCUCCAGAGCCAACAAGCUACGGACCAAGGCAGAGACAUUCCACGUCAACAUGGCCGCGAGAGUCCGCUCUCCUUCAACCGAACUUGCCGCCACGAUAGACGCGAAGACUGGCCAGGUCGUCCACAGUGGAGCUCGAGCUGAGCGCUUCACUCGCACGAUUCUAGCUUCAGCAGACACAAACGGGACAAGUUCGCAGACUUCGCAGUUUAUCAAGCCACCUAGACGCUACGGCAAGCUCACGAGCAUGCCGGGGUCCUUCGCUAACAUCACAAUCAAUCUGGAAGCUAAGGACACCAUGUGGGGUCGAGGCGACGGCUGCACGGUGCGCUAUCCAAACCUUAGCGACGCUCGUGUGCCCAAAUACGCGCUCAAGAUCUACUUCUGGGCACCGGGUAUGGCGCCGUAUGUUGCUGGUGGCGGAAAUUGGAUGGAUGUACCAGGCGUUCGCACCCUCAUCGCCACCAGUGCCAGCAGGUGUAUCUGGGUCAACGGUGUUGCUUUGCGCAAGGAGUCUGCGUCUGGUGAUGCGUCGUAUUAUGGGAAGAUAUACUCCGAUGACAUCAUCACCAUCUACGAUGAUGCUGAUGGGUUCCUGAAAUUCAAGGUAGAAAUCACCUUUGGCGGAAGUGCUCGCCGGCGCCCCGCCAGCGAGAAAGGCUUUCUCAUUGAAGAGGAACACGUUCACCAUCAGAGGAUGAAGGAACGGGAAAGCAUGCGAUUGAGCAUGAGGGAGGGGGGCGGUGAGGUGCCCAAUCCACCGGUUGGCCCUGAGUAA